GUGGAACCAUGACUUUAUACUCUAUAGUGUGAUAUGAAUUUUGAAGUUUUAAAUAACUGAAUUUCGAUACUAAGACUUUGAAUCGUCGACCGCUGAAAAUUGAGGUGUUUGAGAAAGUGUAUGUGCCGAAGAUUGGUGACCCCCCUGCUCGUGUGGUUGAAACCCGGAACAAAUACAAUGAAAUGAAAGCCAUUGCGGAAUCUGAAGGGAAGUCCUGUGCUGAAGACGAUACCGAGCUGUUCUGCAAGGUUGUGCCGAAGUAUAGAGGGCGCCGGUUUGGGACCGGGUCAGAAGCUUAAUCGAUGGAAAGCGUUGACUGCCCUAGCCAAGGGCCAACUCAAGAGGAGAUAGAUCGGCGGAUUCGGGAGGAGGUUGAAGCCCGCUUCGCACAGCACCAAAAGGAAGUUCAAGCUCAAAUGGCUGCUCAAAUAGCCGCUCAAAUGGCCAGUAUGUCUGGAGCCUUUAUGGCAUUUAUGGAGCAAGUACGCAGCACUUACCCGUCUAUCCCAUUGCCUGACUUUCGUACUCCGACACCGAUGCCGAUGAAUGGACUGACUGGUGAUUCCAAUGAAGUCGGGAUGGACGAGCUUUUCAAUGAGUUGGGGGGCAAUGGUGCGGUGGAAGCUAGGUUGUAAUUUUCUGUUUUUAAAGCUUUCUGGACUUAUCUAAUGUUUUUUGGAUAUCCCUUAUGAGGAACCUGGACAAUGUGGGGGUUUUGUGGUUAAUUUGUUCAAUCUGGACAAUCUGGACAAAUUAACAAUGCCACUGUUUAUUAGUUAUGCUUGAAUGACAUGUUUUGUGGUUAUGUGUAUUAGUUAUGCUUGAAUAAAAUGUUUUGUGGUUG